AUGCCCCUGGCUCACCUUACCCUCACAGUUCGAGAUGUUCGAGCUGCCACUUCGUUCUUUCUCGCUUGCUUGCAACCCCUCGGUUACCAAUUUGUUGGUCGCCAUGAAGAUUACAUCGGUUUUGGGCAGAAGACCGGCGAGCCAGCUGACUUUUGGUUAACAGAACAGAAGCCUGGACUACCCGCUGGCGCAGCACACCUGGCCUUCCCCGCUCCUUCAAGAGAAGCAGUGGGCAAGUUCUUCAUGGCAGCCUUAAAAGCCGGAGGAAGAGUACAUGGGGAGCCGAAACUUCGCGAUCCUGAUUCUGGCUACUACAGCGCUGCCAUUAUAGACUCCAAUGGAAACAGCGUCGAGGCUGUCUACCGCCCGGGCCACUCGUCCGCAAUGUCGGCGGUUAGCUCGUCGGUUGACAGUACUGUUUCUAUUACCACUAAGAGUAGCUCGAGAGCUAGCUCUAGGACACAGACUACUGUGCCGUCUCGGUCAGAAGCCCGGUCGCAUACAUCAAGGGCUAGCACUAAGGUCGAGAGACCUCCUCCGUCGGAGAAUUCAACGGCUCAGGCCCAGGCCCAUGCAGCCCAGCAGCGAGAGCAGCGAGAACAGCGAGAACAGCGAGAACAGCGAGAGCGAGAGCAGCGAGAGCAGGAUGGCAGCAGCCGGGCGGCUAAGACGCUUGUCGGUUCGCUCAUCGGUGCUGCAGCAGGUGCUGCCCUUGCCUAUGCCUGGAGCGGUCAGUCGCCAUCGUCGGAAGAUACACCUUCGCAGCCUACGCAACCUGCGCAGCCCGCACAACCUGCGCAGCCCACCCAGUCUGGUCAGUCCGCACAACAACCACCGCGCGAACGAACUUACCAACAAGCGCCGUCCUCGCGGUCCUCAUCCCAGACAGCACAGACAUUACCAAUCAGAACCAUCGAGGCAGGCGGCUCGUACUUCCCACCGAAGCAACCGGAUCCUCCCCGCCCAGGCCUAACCCGCAGUGUCACGUCCAAGAACCCCCGCGCCAGUACCAUCUACGAAGGCUCCGAAUAUGGCGGCAAAUCCGAGACCAGCCGUACCUAUCUCGACGACAGCGGCCGGCGCGCCUCUGACGGCGGAGCCGCCUUUGGUCUCCCAGACCUCGCAAACCUACCUCUCCGAGCUAUCGAAUAUCCCCCACCCACAUACAGCAAGGCAAACGAACCGUCGCGGAGGAUGGACGACGAUAAACGAAGCAUGUACUCCGCUUCCACAGCCCGACCUUCUAAUGCAAGCUACCAGUACCAAUACCAAGACGAUCGCGACCGCUCUGCCUACGCCCUCUCCCACGCCAACACAACCAACAACAAAUACAAACCCAACAGCACCGCCUCCCGCACCCCGCGCAACAUCCCCCUCCCAGACUCAAUAGCCUCCUCCUACCGCACCAGCGCCAGCGGCACAAACACAAACACCGGAUCCUACACCUCGGCGCGUGGCGCCCCCCUCACAGAGGGCUCCCUCGCAUCCUUCCGCAGCAAUUCCGCUGUUCCCAUCCCCGAAAGCGUCAUCAACGUCGACGUCGACACGGACGUCACCCCUGACGACUCGGUGAGCCAGAUCUCGUCGAACGCGCACCGGUCGAAGCCGAGGCAGAUGCCGGCAAAGUCUGGGGUUUCGGCGGCUGCGCUGUCGAAGAAGUCGAGUCGGUUUGAGGAGCCGGUUAGGCCGGAUGAUAGUGUUAGUCAGGUUUCGUGUAAUUCGAGGUCGACGGCUAGGGCUGGAGGAGGAGGUGGUGGUGGUGGUGGUGAGCGAAGGAGAAGUCAAGCUGUAUAG